AUUUUUGUUUAUUAUGAUAUAAUGAAAGUGAUUUGUAACAAUGCGGACACUUAAUGUAUUUUAUAAGUAUUCAGAACAUGAAAAGUACAUCAUGGUUUUCUGUUGUAACUUAACUAUAUGAGUAUAUGAACUCCAUCACGGCUCAACAUAGAUUGCAUAACCUCAGGGUGCAUAACUAUGAGUAACUAAAUUUGGACCCUUCUUUUAAGUGGCUGGAGAUCUGAUGGUGGAGAAUUAAAUGAAUUUAUUUUCCUUAGUUUUCUUGAUUGGAUCAUAUCUUCUUCAUUCUAACUCGAAUUUCAAUUUUUUUUUUUUUUUUUUGCACACAUGGAAUGAGUUUGUUGUGCUCUACAAAAUUAUAUCCAUUUUCAGUAUUUUUUGAGAAAAAAAAAUCAUACCUCUCGUUACCAACUCCAUAUCAUAUGGUAUCUCUUUCGUUUUUUAGUCAUUUUUGAAAAAUUUUGCACAGAAGGAACGAUUUAAAUUUAAUCAUGGUCUAUUGGAUUUCAAAUUUUUCUGGGUGAAAAAAUUUCAUACCUCUCGUUACCAACUCCAUAUCAUACUAUACCACCCUGGUGUGGGGUGGUAUUUUUCAUACCAUAUGGUUUGAUGUUAUUUAAUAUCAGUCAAUACCAUAUGGUAUAGACUGGUUAUAAAUGGCAAAUUUUUUUGUUCCAAAAAAUAUCAAAGUGGAUAUGAUUUUGAAGAGCAUAAUUAAUCUGAUCUAACAAUGCAAAAAAAAAAAAAUUAAAUUCCGAGUUAAAACGAGUGAGAAAUCAUCUGUUAAAUAUUAAGGGAAUGAAAAUUAAACAUUUUUCGAGGAGAGAGAAGGAGGCGUUGAUGUAGCUAAUUCUUAUUGGGUUAUAACACCACAAGGUUACUCACCGGAUCUGAUCCACUACAUCACAAUUGCGUAAUUAAUAAUUAUGGUCUAAUUGACCAUACAAGCUAAUUUAACCAUACUAGUAUUGGAUUCCUAUUUAACGUAUACCUAUAACGUAGGAGGAGAAAUGUGGUAUUUAAGAUCAACUACAUUGCAUAAAACCUGUUAUUUGAUACAAAAAUUACUAAUUAUAUAGGAACAUAGUCUGGACGCCACCAACUACUUUUAUUCUCCUGGAUGGGAUUUAGUAAAAAAAUAAAAAUAGUAGGGAUGGGAAUUUGUACCCACCUAGUCGGUAUAACCCGACACGCAACAGCGUGGGACGAUGCAUGAAUAUCUACUUCUAACCCGUUUUGGGUCCAUUCUAUCUCAAUUUCAACUAGGGAUUGUUUGGAUGAAUGAUUUCAAUGAAUUAUUUAGGCCGAAAUAACUUGUUUGGCAACCAUUUGUUUCAUUGGGUUAUUUUGGGUCGAGUUAUUUGAGAAUAACUAAAAAACGAGUUAUUACAAAUAACUGGGGGGAGGGGUGUUAUUUUGAAAUAAUUCAUCCAAACCACUUUUCAACCACUUUUGUCCCUCGCCUCUCUCCUCUCUCCUCUCACCUUCCUUUUCUUUUUACUGCGAAUCCUUCUGUUCUUCUAGCUUGAAACAAAAUCGAUGGAGUUUUGAACGAUUUUCCUACUACCUUCGGAUUCUUUGCACCAUGCAAAUCAGAUUGAGUAGUGGGAAGCUCCAGUUGCGACGAACAGAGACUCACCCGGCGGCGUCGACGACGACGAAUAGAGAGGACAAAGAGUCGGUCGUUGUUCUGGGAGAUCGAUCUCUGACAUCUACAAUGGGGGGAUUGACGAACUUAAGAGGAGGUGGGAGGAGAGAGGAAGAGAGGGAAGGCGCGUCGGUGGCUCAACGGCGGAGGGCAACGGAUUCUGCUUGCGAAGCAGAAGAGAAGGGAGUUGGGAUGGACUUUAAUGAAAUAAAUUAGUCCUGGAAGAAUCGAAGAUGGAAAGUGAUGACAGACGGUAGUGGAUGCAUGUACAAGCAGUGAUGAGACCGGCGGCGGCGCUACAUGUACGAUGGAGAGCGACGAUGAGGGAAAGCAGGUUGUUGAUUAAUUUUUGGUCUCUCUUAGUUAAGAAAGUUUCCAAUCUUGUUUUUGGAUUCUCAAAUUGAAGUGAGUUAAGUCUGAUUUCUGUAAUUGAAGCUUUAAAUUCGGCCGACGUUUGAAUUGAGUUGAGAUUGAUUUUUGUAAUUGAAGCUUUACCCAACAAGGUAGAGUCGGUGGAGGAAAGGAACUGGUUUUUUAUAAACCUCCUCAGGCCGAGUCCCCUGCCAAAUUUCUAGAAAUUGGGAUGUAGAAGAAGGGCAAUGAUGUUUCUGAAACAAAAUAUAAGGAGGGUGAUAAAGUAAUUUUUGUUCUUUUAACGAAAUACCACAUACAAAUAACUCAUCCACCCAAACAAGACAAUUCAAAUUAAAAUACCACAUUUCAAUCUCAAAUAACUUUGAAAUACCACAUGAUGAAAAAUUGAGUUGUUUGUGCACAAAUACCACACCUCAACAAAUGAUCCAUCCAAACGACCCCCUAGUUAGACUCAAUUACCCAUUCUAGUAUCACUAUUUUCAUUCAUAAAAUGUUUUCCCCUUCAUUUUAUCAUAAAAAGUAAAAUUUUACAUGUAUAUUUUUCACAUAAAAUGUAAAAGUGUAUCGACCUGCCCAGCCUCAUACCCGCGCGAGUAUUACCUGCCCCGACCCCACAAUAGAAUGGGGCGGAACAUUAAUAUUGAAGUACUCGCCCCGCCCGCCCGCCUCAUUGUCAUCACUAUUCAAUAGCCCAUCCAUAGUAUCAACAUUCAAAGUAUAUCACACAACAACUUAAAAUUUCACUCAUCUCAAAGAUUUCCACAUUCAUACAAGCCAAAAAUCAAUUGUGUCAUAAGUACAAUAUAUGUAGCCUUUAACCCUAACCCUACCAGCUAAUCAAAUGUGUCAUAAGUACAAUUGCCUAAUUAACCCCACUUACACAUACCCCAUUUCCACCGCAAAGUCAGCUUCAUCAUAUUGCACAAUAUAGGGGGUGUUCAAACGGAUUCGUUACCGUGGUAACCAUAUUAACCGGUAGUAUUCGGUUAAUUUGGUUUGGUUAAUUUGGAUAAUUGGUUUGGUUUGGUCGUUAAACAAUUUAGCUUGUUUGGUUUAUGUGGUUUGGUUUGGUUUCAACACUGCUAACCAAUGAAACCAAUUAAUGAUACACCUAACAUACAAAAUUAUUUAUACUUCCAUGCAACCAAUCAAAUCAAACUUUCGUGAUUCCCUAUUUUAUUUCCAUGUGCACAACAAACCAAAGCAUUGUGGAUAAAAAAUUAAAUACAUCUGCCUAUUUACUAAACCAAAACAUUUUGGACAGCUACUAUACUUUAGGAUUACGUACAAUAUCAUGACACCCAACUCAAACUAUGUAUAGUUUAAGUGUUUUGUAUGAGAGCUUUAACUUCCUGAUGAGUGGUAUUGGUAUGUAUUUAAUAUUUAUGUUAAUGAUUAUUUUUAAGCUAACUAUAUUAGGUGCAGAGAUGAUGAAUGAUGUAUUAACUCGAAUGAUGAUGAUAAUCAUGGAUGGUUAGUCUUAUUAUUAUUGUUUAUAUAUAAUGAUAGUUUAUGAUAGUAAUAACAUAUGAUUAUGUUUUAUUCAUUAACAUGAUAAUUAUUUUCAUGUUAUGUUAUUUGGUUAAUCCGAUUAUCCAAUUAACCAAACCAAGUUUGGUUAAUUUGGUUUUCGUGUUAAUUUGGACGGUUUGGUUAAGACAUUUUAUUCCAUGGUUAAUGAAAUUUAUGCUUAAUU